GUUACGCCCCUUUCACUGCGCAUCCUGAAUCUGAAAAAUGUAAUAUCAACCAAAAUCAAAACAGAGUCUAAUGCCUGCAUAUUAAAUAAUCAAUUCCUUGGUGAAUUUUAUUUACUUUCUGUACUUCGUGAGGGGAGAGGCGUUUAAAUUUACUUAGCGUAAUAGCCAGUGUUUUCAGCCGCGCAACUUAAUAAGCAAAGCAAAAAAAAUAUGGCAAACGCUGAAGCCAGCAACGUGAGCUCCGCUUUCCCUCUGCCACCAGCUAAUUACUACAGCCACUACACCGAUGAAAACAUUCGUAGAGGAAGGGUUAUGCGGCCUCCAAACCCUGUCAUGGAAUCAUACACCAUGUUCGGCACACCGUACCAAACAGACGACUCCAUAAUUCGACCUUUGGAAAGCCAGGGAAUUCGACGCUUGUACCCGCAAAACUGUGACAGACGUAGAGAGUUGAGGAAACUCAACCAUUCCUUGCUUGUAAAUUUCUUGGACCUGCUGGACCUUUUAGUUCAAUGUCCUGAGUCGUCGCGACGAGCAGAGAAAGUGGAUGAUCUGAGUUUGCUCUUUAUCCACAUCCACCACUUGCUGAAUGAGUUCAGACCUCACCAAGCAAGGGAAACAUUGCGAGUAAUGAUGGAGUUGCAGAAAAGACAGAGGCUGGAGACAGCAGCAAGGUUUCAAAAGCACUUGGAAAAAGUGAUGGAAAUUCUGGACCAGGCCUUGCAAAUGCUGCCAGAUAAUGAAGAGCUCGACUCAAAACUUUUGAUACCCAUGGAAGACAUUGAAAAUAUGGACGUUUCUUCAUCGGACGAUUCAAAGAAUGAAGCUUGCAGCACAUUAGAUCGCAUGAUGUGCGAAAUUGUAGAUGCGCUGUAGUUUUCUUAUUUUCCAUUGUAUACUUUGUACAUAUUAUGAGAUAAACAAAUUUUUCUGGAAAUUAGA